CAAGUACCAUUUAGUGGAAAGGAUUGCAAAGGAUUUGUUUGAAAGACUGGCCAGAAAAAUGUCAACGGGUAAAGAAAUCGGGGGAGCCCAACAUGCACAGUACGUGGGACCGUAUCGACUGGAAAAAACGCUCGGAAAGGGACAGACAGGAUUGGUGAAGCUCGGAGUCCACUGUGUAACAUGUCAAAAGGUCGCAAUAAAGAUUGUCAACAGGGAGAAGCUCAGUGAGUCGGUGCUAAUGAAGGUGGAACGGGAGAUAGCCAUCCUGAAGUUAAUAGAACAUCCACACGUUUUAAAGCUACAUGACGUAUAUGAAAAUAAGAAAUAUUUGUACUUGGUGCUAGAACAUGUAUCCGGGGGAGAACUCUUUGACUAUCUUGUGAAAAAGGGACGAUUGACACCAAAGGAGGCCAGGAAAUUCUUCCGACAAAUCAUUUCUGCAUUAGAUUUCUGCCAUAGUCAUUCAAUAUGUCACAGGGACUUGAAACCAGAAAAUUUAUUGUUGGACGAAAAGAAUAACAUCAGGAUAGCAGACUUCGGGAUGGCCUCCCUGCAAGUCGGUGACAGCUUGUUAGAAACCAGCUGCGGCUCACCCCAUUAUGCCUGUCCUGAAGUCAUCAGGGGAGAAAAAUAUGAUGGUCGGAAAGCAGAUGUCUGGAGCUGUGGUGUCAUCCUUUUUGCACUGUUGGUGGGAGCGUUGCCAUUUGAUGAUGAUAAUCUGAGACAGUUGUUGGAAAAGGUAAAGCGUGGAGUGUUUCACAUGCCACACUUUAUACCGCCGGACUGCCAAAAUCUCUUAAAGGGAAUGAUUGAGGUGGAUGCCACAAAACGCUUUACACUAGACCAGAUCCAGAAACAUUCUUGGUAUAUAGGAGGCAAGAAUGAACCGGAACCAGAGCAGCCUGUGCCAAGAAAGGUACAAAUUCGUUCACUUCCGUCACUGGAGGACAUUGAUCCUGAUGUCCUGGACAGCAUGCACUCGCUAGGAUGUUUCCGAGAUAAGAACAAACUCAUGCAGGAUUUGGUAUCAGACGAAGAAAAUCAAGAAAAAAUGAUCUAUUUCCUUCUUCUUGAUCGAAAAGAGCGGUAUCCAAGUCAUGAAGAUGAAGAUCUACCCCCUCGAGUUGAUAUAGAUCCACCUAGAAAAAGAGUAGACUCACCAAUGUUAAACCGACAUGGCAAACGACGACCUGAAAGGAAAUCGAUGGAGGUACUGAGUGUGACCGAUGGAGGCUCUCCUGUUCCAGCUCGACGGGCUAUUGAGAUGGCACAGCAUGGCCAGAGUAAAAGUAUGUUCAGUAAAAGCUUGGAUAUCACAGAUGCCAAUCCCAAAAUCAACAAAGAAGAAAGGUCCAGAUCAAUAAGUGGAGCUUCUUCGGGUCUCUCAACCAGCCCCUUAAGCAGUCCAAGGGUGACCCCUCACCCUUCCCCAAGGGGAAGUCCCCUCCCCACCCCAAAGGGCACACCAGUCCACACUCCCAAGGAGAGUCCAGCGAGCACUCCGAACCCAACACCACCAUCCAGUCCCAGCAUUGGAGGGAUGCCAUGGAGGACGCGGCUGAAUUCCAUCAAGAACAGUUUUCUUGGAUCGCCACGGUUUCAUCGCAGGAAAUUACAGGUACCUACACCAGAAGAGAUGUCAAGCUUAACUCCAGAAUCUUCCCCAGAACUCGCCAAAAAAUCGUGGUUUGGUAACUUUAUCAACCUGGACAAAGAGGAGCAGAUCUUUGUGGUCAUCAAAGACAAGCCAUUGAGUUCCAUUAAGGCAGACAUUGUCCAUGCCUUUCUAUCAAUCCCCAGCCUAAGUCACAGUGUCAUGUCGCAGACAAGUUUCCGAGCAGAGUACAAAUCCACUGGGGGCCCUGCUGUGUUCCAGAAGCCAGUUAAAUUUCAGGUGGACAUCACUUACACAGAAGGCAAUGAGGCACAGAAGGAGAAUGGGAUUUAUUCAGUCACCUUCACACUGCUGUCAGGUCCAAGUCGUCGGUUCAAAAGAGUGGUGGAAACCAUCCAAGCCCAGUUGUUAACUACACAUGACCAACCUACAGUGCAACAGCUAUCUGGAAUUGUCCAGAAAACUUGUUAAAUCCCAUCUGAUGACUCCUUUGCUGCGGACAAUUGUUGAAGGAGGCAGCUGAUAUCUUGGUGCAUGUGGGAACCUGGCGCCCUUUGUCGCUUAACACUGACCGCUCUGGAGCUCCUGCAUCCCAGGAAGGAAAGGAAUCCUAGCGGGAUGGACACACACCUUCAGCAGCAGAUUGUUCACCAGAAAGGGGGCUGUUGUUGGGGGUGGGGAAAUUGAUCAACGAAGCCAUCAGCUACAGCGGACUAUUUUUUUGGGAAGCAGGACUUGGAAAACUGCUGCUGAGGGGUAAGGGAUCAGGGGUUAGACAACACAACACGGCAGCAAUGAACUAAACCCAUACAAGAGUACCCAAAGCAUCUUCUUGAACCACUCCUCUUUCUGUAUAGAUCCUGUUUGUCUAGUUGUGACACCUUGUUUAGCUGUAGAACAACAGAAUCAAACACUGUGUUGCCAGUUAUAAGUUUGUCAGUAUUAUUUAUUUUUCAGGGUAAUAUAUGUAUAUAUAUAUUUUUUGUUCAUUUCACAAGGGCACCAUGUUCGACUGAACAGUGUUGCUGGUUUACUAAGGGGCUUUGACCACCCGCUGCUGUAAAAGGCGAGAUUUAUUGUGAACAUUUUUAUAUACCUUUUGUGUUUCUUUCGGGAUUUUAUUUAUUGAGCCCUGGUAAUUUAUCGGCAGAAACUUCUAGGUGUGCGUUGUCUUCAUUGUGAAUGACUUAUAAGAGGCAACACAUUACUGUAUUUAUUAAAAGAAAAAAAAAUAUUUUGUCCACUUUAUCAGAGCUCUGUGAACAAUCUUAACUUAUUCUGUCCCAAUUCAAGGAACUUGUAGUAUAUGUUUAAAAAAAAUAUAACGGUACUUUAAGAAUGUAGAAUAGCAGUAGUGUCUGAAAUGAUUAUCUUAUAUUGCUAUUUGUUAGUUUCAUAUCAGUGUGCGUGUUCUACAGGUGAAACUAUUGGACCAGUUCUUGUACAUAAGUAAAUCGACAAUGAAAUGUGACCCAUUGGAGGUUACUGUAAUUGAAUUUAUCUUGUAUAACUGUAUGCAUGUCAGACAUGGUUUUUCUUUGCAUGACGUUGCUGUAAUUGUUCCCAUAAUGCGCUGUCCUCUUUCUUGAUCUCCUUGUGCACAAAUUAAUGCUUCCUUACACCGUACCUCUGCAGAUAGGCUGAACUACAACACGGACGGUACAAGCAGGAAGGGGAGAAAUAAAGCAAUACUUCUAUUGAUAUCCUUCCUAUUUUGUACUUUGGAGAAAAAUACCUUAUUUAACAGAUCAACCAUCAAAUGUACCCACCCACCCACCAUCCACCCACCCACCUUGCCCAUUGUAAUAUAACUGUGAGCAACUUAAA